GAAGGAGAAAAGAAGAAGAAAUGACUUAUGGGAUGCGAAGUAGCCGGGCGGCUGACAGACGCUCGCAGCGGCUGACAUCUACAGGAACCAGCUGAAGGAAGGGCGGGAAAUAAAGGGGGGUGUAAUAAAUUUACUGGUUAUACGGUUCGUUUGAGGCGCAACGUGCAGGUUUGCGCACACCGCCGACGGAUUCUGAGCGGAAGAAAAAAGUUGAGAUCCCACGGAUCAGCGCGUGGGAGUGGGGAGCAGGACCGAGCCCCGCUGCGUGUCUCGUCAUGGCAGGACCCGGAGGCGACAUGCAGUGGUGCUUCUCCCAGGUGAAGGGAGCUAUUGACGAUGACGUAGCUGAAGCCGACAUCAUAUCGACGGUUGAGUUCAACCACACGGGGGAGCUGCUCGCCACCGGAGACAAGGGCGGCCGCGUCGUCAUCUUCCAGCAGGAAGUAGAAAACAAGAACCUGCCCCAGUUCAGGAGUGAGUACAAUGUUUACAGCACCUUCCAGAGCCAUGAGCCUGAGUUCGACUACUUGAAGAGUUUAGAAAUCGAGGAGAAAAUCAACAAGAUCCGCUGGCUUCCCCAGAAAAACGCCGCUCAGUUCCUGCUGUCCACCAACGAUAAAACAAUAAAAUUGUGGAAAAUAAGCGAAAGAGACAAGCGACCAGAAGGCUAUAACCUGAAACAGGAAGAUGGCCGAUACAGAGAUCCCAACACAAUCACUGCACUGCGGGUCCCGGUAUUAAUCCCCGUGGACCUGAUGGUGGAGGCCAGCCCUCGCCGGGUGUUCUCCAACGCUCACACCUACCACAUCAACUCCGUCUCCGUCAACAGCGACAACGAGACCUACCUGUCAGCGGACGACCUGCGCAUCAACUUGUGGAACCUGGAGAUCACCGACCGCAGCUUCAACAUCGUUGACAUCAAGCCGGCCAACAUGGAGGAGCUGACCGAGGUGAUAACGGCGGCGGAGUUUCAUCCGCACCAGUGCAACACCUUCGUCUACAGCAGCAGCAAAGGGACGAUCCGCCUUUGCGACAUGAGGGUGUCGGCUCUCUGCGACAAGCACUCCAAGCUGUUUGAGGAGCCAGAAAACCCCAGCAACCGCUCCUUCUUCUCAGAGAUCAUAUCGUCCAUCUCAGACGUCAAGUUCAGUCACAACGGACGCUACAUGAUGACCAGAGACUAUUUAUCUGUGAAGAUCUGGGACCUGAACAUGGAAAACCGGCCGGUGGAGACGUACCAGGUUCAUGAAUACCUGAGGAGCAAGCUGUGCUCGCUCUACGAGAACGACUGCAUCUUCGACAAGUUCGAGUGCUGCUGGAACGGAAACGACAGCGUGGUGAUGACCGGCUCCUACAACAACUUCUUCCGGAUGUUCGAGCGCGGCCAGCGGCGGGACGCCACGCUGGAGGCGUCGCGGGAGAACAGCAAGCCGCUGCAGGUCCUCAAGCCGCGGAAGGUCUGCACCGGCGGCAAGCGCAAGAAGGACGAGAUCAGCGUGGACAGUUUGGACUUCAACAAGAAAAUCCUCCACACCGCCUGGCAUCCGCAGGACAACAUAAUCGCAGUGGCAACCACGAACAACCUCUACAUAUUCCAGGAUAAAGUGAACUGAUGGAGACGGAGGGCGGGGCUGGGGGCUCAUCUGGAAGGAGCUCCGUGACCCCUGCGUGACCUUUUUGUGGACGGGGGUCUCCAGUCGUGCGCUGCCUGGUUGUUAAAGUUGUGCCAAUGUUUUUCCUGUCGCCUGCCGACCCGACCUUUACGUCUCACCCCGUCGUUUCUUCAAACUUUAACUAGACUUCUUUUUUUAAACAGUCCCUCUGAUUCGUUCUCUGGUAGAAUUAAAACAUUAUCUUUUUCUUUUGCCUCCCAUGACGUUGUGGUGUUUACAUUUCUAAAGGAAAUCACAUUUUUACUCUUUUCCUUCGUGAUUUUAAAAUCACAGGAUGUCCAUGUCUGAGCGACGACGGAGAAUUAGCAUCAUAAUUAGAAAAAGAGGAAAAUAAGGAAUGAAAUUACAAAAACAAACGAGAACAAAGAUGUAUAUGAAUAUAUGAAUAAAAUAGUAUAUGAAUAUAAGUAUAUGAAUAAAAUUGUAAUGAUACAAGAAUUGUCGUAAUGUUACAACCUUGCUCUCGUAAUACAAUAUUAUUUUGGCGUUAUUUGUGUAAUGCUUUAAUUUUACUCUUGAACAUAAUAUUACAACUUUAUUCUCGUGUUAUUACCACUUUUGUCUUGGUAUUAUGACUUUAUUCUUGUGUUAUUACGAUUUGUAUUAUUUUGACUAUUUCUAUAUUUCAACUUUAUUUUUAUAAUAUGAAUUUAUUCUCAUAUUACAUCUUUGUUCUCACAAAACUAUGACUUUAUUCUUGUAAUAUUACGAGUUUAUUCUAGUCUAAUUACAACUUUAUUCUUUAUAUAUUAUGACUAUAUAUUACGACUAUAUUCAUGGUACUGUACUAUAUUCUUGUAUUUUUAUAUUUUCUUGGCAUGUCCCUAAUUUUCCGUCGUUCUCUCAAACUCCAGACGUUAUUCUUUUAUCUCCCUUCAAGAUGGCCGUCUUUCUGCAUCGAGUCCUCUUCCUCUCUUGCUAUUGUUACUUUUCUGUGUACAACAGCAGUCAGGUAAUAAAAAAAAAAGGCUUUACAGCGAUAAUAUUGAUAAUAUUAUGAUUGUCAUAUUUAUAUGAAAUACUGUUGAAAACGUCGGCGGUUGUUUUCCAUCCCACUUUGUGAAACGACGCCGGACUUUUAGCUUCUUUUUCAGACCUUAAGUUUCACACUGGACUCUGUUAGUGCACCAAAUCGUCCUCUGGAUGUCUGCGUUGUGUGACUGCGAUUUAAAAACCGCGAAAUUAUUUGAGGCAUUGAAUAACUUAUUUUAACCACUGAGAACAUCACUGCAAUGAGGAUUUUUCUUUUUUUACGACAGGGAUUCCUUCAGUAAUGUGGAAUCAUAAUUUUACUCUGACGGUGGAAGAAAAGGGAAAAAUAAAGGAAUUAUUUUGCAUCGUU